CCGGGGCUGAUAACACCUGUGGACUGGAGUCACAGCCGUCAUCAGGUGAGGAGCGGACAGGUGUCAGUCAUUAACCUGCCGAGGUAAGAGAACAUUCCUGAGGCGGCCUGGAGACACGUGGACUAAAGAAACCUGGACCAGAGAGACCUGGACCAGGACUAAAGAGACCUGGACCAGGACUAAAGAGACCUGGACCAGAGAGACCUGGACCAGAGAGACCUGGACCAGGCCUAGAGACACCUGGACCAGAGAGACCUGGACCAGAGAGACCUGGACCAGAGAGACCUGGACCAGGCCUAGAGACACCUGGACCAGAGAGACCUGGACCAGGCCUAGAGACACCUGGACCAGAGAGACCCGGACCAGGCCUGGAGACACCAGGCCUAGAGACACCUGGACCAGAGAGACCUGGACCAGGCCUAGAGACACCUGGACCAGAGAGACCUGGACCAGGCCUAGAGACAUCUGGACCAGGCCUGGAGAGACCUGGAACAGAGAGACCUGGACCACGCCUAGAGACACUUGGACCAGGCCUAAAGACACCUGGACCAGAGAAACCUGGACAGCUCCUAGAGAGACCUGGACCAGGCCUGGAGACACCUGGACCAGAGAGACCUGGACCACGCCUAGAGACACCUGGACCAGAGAGACCUGGACCAGAGAGACCUGGGCAGCUCCUAGAGACCUGGACCAGGCCUAGAGACACCUGGACCAGAGAGACCUGGACAGCUCCUAGAGAGACCUGGACCGUGUUGGACCUGGGCCCAGACAUGUCUCUGCGGAAGGUGGUGCCUGCUGUGCUGCUGGUGGUGGUUCUCAUGCUGGGAAUCCUGCACGUCUACCUGCGGCGGCCGUUCAGGGUCUGCCUGGGCGGGGACGAGUCCCGGGACAGAACGGAGACCAGGGUCGCGGUGGACGUGAAGGAACCCCAGAACCAGACGGCGUCCAGAUCUGCUGCAGAGUUCUGCAAAGUCCCAGAUGAGCUGCACCUGGAGGCUCCGGACGGCCUGACGUACCAGCAGCCCGGCAUCGUCCAGGGCCGCACCGACGUCGUCACGGUGACGCCCUGGCUGGCGCCGCUGGUCUGGGAGAGAACCUUCAACCCGCUGCUGCUGGACGGCAUCUACCGGCAAAGGAACAUCAGCGUCGCCGUCACCGUGUUCGCCGUGGGGAGGUACACCAGGUUCCUCAAGGACUUCCUGGAGACGGCGGAGCAGCACUUCUUCGUUGGUUUCCAUGUUCACGUUUACGUUUUCACCGACCGCCCGGACGAUGUUCCCCGAGUCAAGAUGGCCGCUGACCGGCAGGUGACGGUGGUCCCGAUCCCGGGAUCGAACCGCUGGCAGCAGAUCAGCGCCAGCAGGAUGCAGCGGAUCCAGACGCUGAUCGAGGAGCAGCUGCUCCACAACGCGGACUACGUCUUCUGCCUGGACGUUGACUCCAGGUUCCAGGGCCGCUGGGGGGCCGAGUCCCUGGGGGGGCUGGUGGCCGCGGUGCAUCCAGGUUACUACCGGGGCAAGCGCGGCGGGUUCCCCUACGAGCGGCGGCCGGCCUCCAGGGCCUUCGUGGCCCCCGGGGACGGGGACUUCUACUACGGGGGGGCCGUGUUCGGGGGGGCCCUGCAGGAGGUGCACCGGCUGGCCAGGACCUGCAGGGAGAACCUGGAGGCCGACGCGGCGGCGGGGGUGGAGGCGGCCUGGCAGGAGGAGAGCCACCUGAACAGGUACCUGUGGACUCACAAGCCCACCAAGGUUCUGUCCCCGGAGUAUCUCUGGCAGGACUUCAAGCCCCGGAACCUCGAGAUCCACAUCGUCCGCUUCUCCGGAGUCAUCAAGAAUUACCAGGAGAUCAGACCCAACUGAGACCCGGGAGGGGGGGGUCGGGGCUCCAACCUGCAACCUGGAGAUCAGCAAACUUCCUUCAAUAAAGUGUUUUGAAUUAAACAGAGUUUAAUUCUCUGUG